AGAAAAAAGAAAGAGAGAAAAUGUCCAGGUCGAGGAACGGGUGCCUCACCUGCCGCAUCCGGCGCAAGGUGCGUAGCAUAAUGUUCCGCAGUUCCGCAUUCCGCACACUGAAUCGGUAUAUGUCCAGAAAUGCACUGAACUGAAAGAUGCCGAGGGGUCCUGUGAAGCUUGUAGCCGUCUUAGUAUUGAGUGUUUGGGGUAUGCAGAGAAGCGCCCGGCUUGGAUGAAGGAUCAUACUAAGCUUGAGGCCUGCAAGAAGGAGAUCAGAUGUUGGUUAGCAGAAAGAGGUUCACAGCGCCCGAAAGGUGGACGCUUAUCACUAGCACAGUAUUAUGGAGAUGAAGUGCCCGAGCCGCUGCAGAUUGUACCCCACACGUCAAAGCCUAAGAAUCCUGCUUCCAGUGUCCGUCGUCAAAACCGGAAAGAGGAAGCUUUUGCAUGGGCCAGUCAAUCAGACUCUGAGAGAGAUGAGCUUCAAGAUGAGCCUAUGAAUGAAACUAGUGGCUCCCCAGAUGAGCAGCGUCAUUCUGCAGCACAGGGCCCGGGAGUGCCCCCUCUACCUGUUCCUCAUCACCACCUCUCGUCUUCCGCUCACAGCAUGUCUCGCCCGCUUUCGGGAAGCUCAGGCCAUGUCUCCGCGUCUCGUUCGACAAUAAAAGCGGAUCCCAGCCCAGCGGCUUACCAGCAGUCCUUCCUCCGUGGUGGUGGUGGUUCCGAGGACCUCAAUGAUGAACUCGAGAGCGAAUCAGAUGCGGAUCCUGAAGCCAAGGCUCGCCCUAACCGGAAUAGUUUGGAUCGAGUGGCUCCAAAUUCUAGGCAGAACAGUAAUGGAGGUGCUAUCGUGGAUGUUGGCGGAACCACCUCAACUUUCAAAGUCUCCCUGGCUCCGGCCAACCCAUCUGCUAACGAGGCUCCUUCACUGAGCGAUAUUCGUAAGUAUGAUGACUUCACCGACCGAACCCUUGCUGCAUGGGGGACAAACGCCGCCCCGAACGAGCGCCGAUUCACGCAACCGGAGUAUGCUCGAGAGCUCUAUCAGACUGUGUGGGGGAAUAAAAGCGUUCAAUCUGUCACAAGACAUUUGCUUUCACUCGAAUGUUUCAAGAAGCGAGAACCUGGUGUCAAGAUCGACAAGGCAGAGAGGCGAAGACGCGAGAACGAAUUGUCACUUGCAAAGCAACUGUUGCAGCAGAGUCUUGACUUUGAAAAGCAUCAUGAUGGCCAUGGAUUGGCAGCUAUUUUUGGGAUUACCUGCGUUCUUAAUCGAGGUGGCACGGGUGAUUGGAAGUCGUUUCUUGAUAUGGCAUGUGCUUGGCUCGAAAGCGAGGCCAUUUCCAUACUUCAAGGUUCGUCUUCGAAAUUGCCCCACACCUGAAGGGCGGUGCCAAGUCAGCCCCCUGAAGGUGCGAAGGCGAAUCUAACGCCCGCUGCGUCGAUCCUCCUUGGGGACCUUGUGUUGCAGCCCUUCAGCCAUGCCACGGCGUUCUUGGCGGAAGUAACAAUGUGGAUCGAUAUUAUGUCGUCUCCUAGCAUUCAGCGUUCUCCAAAACUACAACGUUUUUAUCCUAGAUUUCUGACUAACGACGCUAGCCAAGACA